UUUUUUCAAAGGCGUUGUUUCUUAUUUAUGUAGCUCAUUACAAAUUAUAACGACGACUUCCUCUUUUCUUUGGGAUAUUCGAAACCAUAUACCAAAGUAACACGUGGUGUCGCUGGAGACCACAGAAAAAAAUUACUCCAUCUCUAAAACUCCUCCUCCAUUCAUGAAAAAAAAAAAAAAAACAGCAUCAGCUCACAGCGCUGUGUGAAAAGAGGAACCAGGCGAAUGGAGCCGUGGACGCUCGGGUUGGGCUUUUGCGUGACUGGAUAUACAAUACCUUACUUUUAACGUGUGCUGGAUAUAGGCAGUAACUUGGGCUCGGUUCUUGGGAUUAAACAACGAUGGCUGCUCAGGAACAAUGGGAUUAUUUGAGGGGGCUUCUUGUCGCGAUGCUUUGUCUGUGUGACUGGUCAGUGGCUCAGAUUUCCUAUUCAGUUUCAGAAGAGGCGGACAAAGGCGCGGCGGUGGGGAAUCUCGCAAAGGAUUUAAACUUAAAUACUCAGGAACUGGAAUCCAAAGGUCUUCAGAUUAAUUCGGGAUAUAUAAGGCGGUACUUUGAAGUAAAUCAGAAAACUGGAAUUCUCUUUGUUAACGAGAGGAUAGAUCGAGAGGAGCUUUGUCCUGAUACAAUAAAGUGCUCUUUAAAUGUAGAGGCCGUACUGAGUCAUCCUCGCAGCCUCCGUCGAAUUGAAGUGAAUGUUGUUGAUAUUAAUGACAAUUCGCCAUAUUUUCUAGAGGAGAUAAAGGCAAUUGAUAUGCAUGAGUCUUCGUAUCCCGGGGAGAGGUAUCCAUUGCCAAUAGCCCAUGACGCAGACAUAGGCAGUAACUCGGUAAAAGCUUACAAAUUAAGUUCAAAUGAGCAUUUCACCCUGGAUGUACAGAGCAGUGACGAGCAGAGUAUGUCUGCUGAAUUGGUGCUGCAGAAACCUUUAGACCGAGAGAAGCAGGCUGUUAUUGAACUCACACUGACCGCUAUAGACGGAGGUAAACCUGCUAGAUCAGGAUCUUUACAGAUUAGAGUAAAUAUUAUGGAUGCAAAUGAUAAUUCCCCUUUGUUCAGUAAACCUCUCUACAAAGUUCAGGUUGUUGAAAAUGCAAAGAUUGGAACCACAUUAUUAUCAUUGAGCGCCAUCGACUUAGACGAAGGCGUCAAUAGUCAGCUUGUGUACUCUUUUACAGAAGGAGGACGUUUCAACCCCGCUGAAAAAUUCUCCUUGAAUCAUGAAACUGGCGCAAUAACUAUAAAGGCGAAUAUCGACUAUGAGGAAAAUCAAGCAUUCGAGAUUCGUGUUCAAGUACGGGACAAGGGGUCACCUCCUCGCAGUGCACAUGGCAAAGUUUUAAUAGAAGUAGUUGAUGUCAAUGACAAUGCUCCUGAAAUCUUAGUGUCGUCUCUGAUGAGUUCAGUGAAAGAGGACGCUGAAAUAGGUACAGUUGUUGCUAUGGUGACUGUAACUGACAAAGAUGGAGGAAAAAAUGGCGUCACUAACUGUAAAGUGGCUGGGUCGGAGCAAUUUAAAUUGAAAUCAAACUAUAAAAACUAUUACUCUUUGUUGGUUGACCGGCCUCUUGAUAGAGAGAGUGUUUCUGAAUACAAUAUCUCGAUAACUGCUACUGAUGAAGGGACCCCGCCUCUGUCGAGCACAAGCAUUAUUACUGUUCAUAUUUCAGAUGUCAAUGACAAUGCGCCGCGUUUCCUGCAACCUCUUAUUAAUGUUUAUGUGAAAGAGAAUAGUCCAGUUGGAACUAUUAUUCACACUAUGACUACGUUUGAUGCUGAUUUGAAUGAAAACGCUAAAGCGACAUAUUCUUUAAUUGAUGAUUCCCCAAAACAUAUCCAGACAGCCUCAAUGCUAAAUAUUAACUCAGAAACAGGAGAAAUAGUCAGCCUGCAGUCUUUUAACUACGAGGAGUUAAAGACGUUCCAGUUUAAAGUUCAGGCCACAGACUCUGGUGUUCCUCCGCUCAGCAGCAACGUGACUGUCAACGUUUUCAUCCUGGAUGAGAAUGACAACAGUCCCGGGAUCCUCGCGCCCUAUUCUGAGCACGGCUCUGUUAACAGCGAGAACAUUCCCUAUUCUGCUGAAGCGGGCUACUUUGUGGCCAAGAUCAGGGCUGUGGACGCCGACUCUGGCUACAAUGCGCUGCUUUCUUAUCACAUCUCUGAGCCCAAGGGGAGCAACCUGUUCCGAAUCGGAACCAGUACCGGGGAAAUCAGGACUAAGAGGCGAAUGAGUGACAAUGACCUGAAAACUCACCCGCUGGUGGUACUUGUUUGUGAUAACGGCGAGCCCUCCCUGUCAGCUACUGUGUCUAUUGAUGUGGUGGUGGUUGAGAGCACAGCUGACAUCCAGACUCAGUUCAGACAUGUACCGAUGAAGGAGGAGAGUUUCUCCGAUUUAAACCUGUAUUUGCUGAUCGCCAUUGUGUCGGUGUCAGUGAUCUUUCUGCUGAGCCUCAUCAGUUUAAUAGCUGUGAAAUGCCACAGGACAGACGGCAGUUUCGGCAGGUACGGCGCCCCAAUGAUCACCACCCACCCUGACGGGAGCUGGUCUUACUCUAAAUCGACUCAGCAGUAUGACGUGUGUUUCAGCUCAGACACACUGAAGAGUGACGUAGUGGUUUUCCCCGCACCGUUUCCGCCUGUAGAUGCGGAGCUGAUCAGUAUUAAUGGAGGGGACACUUUCAACAGGACUCAGACUUUACCUAACAAAGAGAAGGUAAGAGUGAUGACACAUCAGUUUAAUUAUUUGGUCAUACUGGAGCUGUGUGCAUUGAUUCAUUGGGAAUGGCUCUUUCCAUGGUGCUGA